CCCCCCGCGCUGCCAGCCCGCGAGCCCGCAUCAUGGAUGUCGAGCUCUCCUAUUUCGUUUUGCUCGCCCUGGAAUUCGAGACCCCAGACGAGGACCAGGAUUCAUGAACCGGUCGCAGGGGCCCGGGCAGGGGCCUCUGGCUCCCGAUGCUGGCCGAGAGGUGAUGAGUGAAGUCGGAAGAUCGGAAGAUUUUAAAGGCAGCUGGGGCCUCCGUAUUGAAUGAAAGACCCAGUGCAGACGCAUCACCAUGAACACGAGCAUUCCUUAUCAGCAGAGUCCUUACAAUCCCAGAGGCAGCUCCAAUGUCAUCCAGUGCUACCGAUGUGGAGACACCUGCAAAGGGGAAGUGGUGCGCGUCCACAAUAACCACUUCCACAUCAGAUGCUUCACCUGUCAAGUGUGUGGCUGCGGCCUGGCCCAGUCGGGCUUCUUCUUCAAGAACCAAGAGUACAUCUGUACCCAUGACUACCAGCAACUCUAUGGCACCCGCUGUGACAGCUGCCGAGACUUCAUCACCGGCGAGGUCAUCUCCGCCCUGGGCCGCACCUACCACCCCAAGUGCUUUGUGUGCAGCUUGUGCAGGAAGCCUUUCCCCAUUGGGGACAAGGUGACCUUCAGCGGGAAGGAAUGUGUGUGUCAGACGUGCUCCCAGUCCAUGGCCAGCAGUAAGCCCAUCAAGAUCCGAGGACCAAGCCACUGUGCUGGGUGUAAGGAGGAGAUCAAGCAUGGACAGUCGCUCCUGGCACUGGACAAGCAGUGGCACGUCAGUUGCUUCAAAUGCCAGACCUGCAGCGUCAUCCUCACUGGAGAGUACAUCAGCAAGGAUGGUGUUCCGUACUGCGAGUCCGACUACCAUUCCCAGUUUGGCAUUAAGUGCGAGACGUGUGACCGAUACAUCAGCGGCAGGGUCUUGGAGGCAGGAGGGAAGCACUACCACCCAACCUGUGCCAGAUGUGUACGCUGCCACCAGAUGUUCACCGAAGGGGAGGAGAUGUACCUCACAGGUUCUGAGGUUUGGCACCCCAUCUGCAAACAGGCAGCCCGGGCGGAGAAGAAGUUAAAGCACAGGCGUACGUCUGAAACGUCCAUCUCACCCCCUGGAUCCAGCAUUGGGUCACCCAACCGAGUCAUCUGCGCUAAAGUGGAUAAUGAGAUCCUUAAUUACAAAGACCUGGCAGCUCUCCCCAAGGUUAAGUCCAUCUAUGAGGUACAACGCCCCGACCUCAUUUCCUACGAGCCCCACUCCAGAUACACGUCUGACGAGAUGCUGGAGAGAUGUGGCUAUGGCGAGUCGCUGGGAACGUUAUCUCCCUACUCCCAGGACAUCUACGAGAACCUGGACCUCCGGCAGAGACGGGCCUCCAGCCCGGGAUACAUCGAUUCCCCCACCUACAGCCGGCAGGGCAUGUCCCCCACCUUCUCCCGCUCACCUCACCACUACUACCGCUCUGGGCCCGAGAGUGGCCGGAGCUCUCCAUACCAUAGCCAGUUAGAUGUGAGGUCCUCCACUCCAACCUCUUACCAGGCUCCCAAGCACUUUCACAUCCCAGCUGGAGAAAGUAACAUCUACCGGAAACCCCCGAUCUACAAACGGCAUGGUGAUCUGUCGACAGCAACCAAGAGCAAAACAAGUGAAGACAUCAGCCAGGCGUCCAAGUACAGUCCAGCCUACUCGCCAGACCCCUACUAUGCUGCAGAGUCUGAGUACUGGACCUACCAUGGGUCCCCCAAAGUGCCCCGAGCCAGAAGGUUCUCGUCUGGAGGAGAGGAGGACGAUUUUGACCGCAGCAUGCACAAGCUCCAGAGUGGAAUUGGCCGGCUGAUUCUGAAGGAGGAGAUGAAGGCCCGGUCCAGCUCCUACGCAGAUCCCUGGACCCCACCCAGGAGCUCCACCAGCAGCCGGGAGGCCCUGCACACUGCCGGCUAUGAGAUGUCCCUCAAUGGCUCCCCUCGGUCCCACUACCUGGCUGACAGCGAUCCCCUCAUCUCCAAGUCCGCUUCCCUGCCCGCCUACAGAAGAAACGGGCUGCACAGGACACCCAGCGCAGACCUCUUCCACUACGACAGCAUGAACGCCGUCAACUGGGGCAUGCGAGAGUACAAGAUCUACCCUUAUGAACUGCUGCUGGUGACUACAAGGGGAAGAAACCGACUGCCCAAGGACGUGGACCGGACCCGUUUAGAGCGCCACCUGUCCCAGGAAGAGUUCUACCAAGUGUUCGGCAUGACCAUCUCUGAGUUUGACCGGCUGGCACUCUGGAAGAGGAAUGAACUGAAGAAGCAAGCCCGGCUGUUCUAGGCAGAGGCUCUAUAAAUAUAUAUGCAUUUAUAUAAAGAUAUAUGUAAAAUCUCUAUACGGAAGCUCGGUAUAAUCCUCUUGUGUAAUGGGACACGCUGCCUGCCAUGAGACUUGCUUUUCUGUACUGUCAGGCAAGCCCACGUCAUCCAGAUAUUUUUAUGCUCCCUACUUUAUCUUUUCUAAGUGCAACGGGGUUUGGGAAGGGAUUUGAGGGGACUCCCAUCCUUUUACUGGGGAUCCUUUUUAUACUGAAACAUCUGUCCUAACUUGAGUCCCCCAAGGUCCAACCCUCUUUCGAGGUGCUUGAAGAAGUCUCUUCUCUCUGCUUCCUCGCUCUUUCCCCAGUCUCCAGGGCGGAUACUGACCAUGCAGUUUUCACAUCUUACUGGCCUCCCGUGGGAGGGUCCACGCACGAUCUCCCAGAGUCACCGAGUACCUUCGAAAGCCCUCCACUUAGGAGCUGGUGCUCUGGGAUGAUGCAGUUAGCAGUGCGGGCCUCGCACCGACUCCUGAUAGCAGUAAACAGUGGUGGACGUGGCCGUGGCCUCUCCUCAGUUCUUCAGCCCUCUCCUGUCCUUGAUCCUAACCUCUCCCUGGUCCAAGUCUGCAACUCAUGGUAGGAAAAGAAAAGGCACCUCCUUUCCCUGCUUCCUUCCAACUGAUCCCUUUGCCGGGCCCCAGUGUGGGGAACCAGAGGAAAGAAGUAGGAGACAGAGCAGGGCACCUGUUAGAACUGGAGCUGCAGGACGUCUCCGGAUGCUCUUCUCUCCCUCAUGCUCCCCACGCCUCCUGACCCUGCCCCGUUUGGAGGAGAGGCCCAUUGCUGCAGCCAGUAUUCUUCAGCCUUACUACAGUCUAUGUGCCUGACAACUCAACACACCACAGGGCUAACGUUCCCAUCAUAGUUCCAACUGAACAAGUGGACAGACAACUCCUAACACCCCUCUGAAGGCAGGAUUGGCCAUGUUCCAAAGAAAGGUCCCUGGUCCAUGCCUGCUGCUCUCUGGCCGGCAGGGCAACCUAACCAGUCCCCGACUCCCACCGCAUAGUUAGCCAGGUUUUGUAGGGAAAACUUUCUGAAGAAUGGCUGCUUAGGAGAUUCCAAAGUGAAGCAUUGGCCAGCACCACUCAUGAUGAUCCUGGAUUUCCCCAGUGGCUGCUUUUCCUGCCUCCGUUCCUUCCGGAACAGGGGUGAAAGCUUAACCUUCUCUCCUCCCCUUUCCAAACCUUCUACCCUGAGUUGGCAAUGUGUGGUGGGGUCCGUUCCUCCCUGGAGAUGACUUGAAGUCUUGGAGGUAAGAUGAAGAGGUAGAAAUGAGAAUAAGGACUCUCAGGAGGCGAGAGAUGUGACACGGCAAGUGGAGAGCGGACUUCCACACUCCCUCACUGAGCACCUGCUGAUGUGUACUGAGCACUGGGAGGGAGGGCACAGGAACACCAGGACGACCCACGUGGGCCCUGGUCUGGGGGGCAGGCCUGCCACCAGUGGUGUCAUCAGCAUGGAUUCAAACAUGAUGGAUGCAAGACAGUUUGUGGGACGGCAUGAGAAAGUGGGUGUGACGUUACUAAAACGCAUGUGCGGUGGUGCAGGUGAAGGAGAGCUUGGUGGAAGAGAUCGCAGCGGAGCAACGUUCAGGGAGGGUCCUUGUGAACUGGAAGGAGACCAUAACUUGAAAGGGUUCCAGGCUGAGGGGCUGGGGGGGAGGACUAAUACGCUGUCAUUUAAAAUGCCACCGCUCUCUGUAACUUCUCUUUUUGGCCAAUGUCUUUCAACUAUCCUGACCCUUUUGGAAACGCCCCCAGCCAGUCACAAUCGUGGAAACUGCCUCAUUAUCACCUGUUAAGAACUUGGCGAGAUUUGAAGGGCUUUUGUUAUUGUUGUUGGAUAUUUUUGUUUCCCAUAAAAGCACAUGAUUUCAACUCAGA